AGUUAGGUGACAGACUCUGCGUGGAGUAGGCCCAAGUUCGGUAUAAAGAUCUGUUAAAGUACGUUGCUCAUAAUUGUCUAACGGCAUGGUGAUUUGAUAAAUCGUUAAGUUUGAUAAGUACGGAAUGAUAAUCAAAAGAUGUUGGAGUUGAAUAAACAAUGACAUGAAUUGUUCAUGUUGAUCGAAUUCGAUUUCUUCUAAUAACUCUGUCAAUGUACCCAAUGUGCCUGAUAAAUGACUCAAGAUUUCGAGAGCGGGUUUUAGAACAUCAGGUCUAUGAAGUUCAUGGUGCUGACCUAGUUUUAGUUUCUCACUUAACUUUUUGUCAGUACCACUGUCAAUUUAACAUCCAGGACAUGAAAUAAAUUUGAUCUGAUUUGAUUUUGAUUUGAAUGGGAUGUGUCAUUUUGCUUUAGCUGUGUUUUCAAAUCUAUAAUAGAGUAUAAACGGCGAUUUUCUUUUCAGAUAUAUAAUAAACAUGACAUCUCAGAGUAAUCCAACAACAAAACGUGCCUGUUUAAAAAAGUCGUCACUCGAAGCAGAAAUAAUUCUAGGCUUAUAUGAACGUGGUACCAUUAGUUCAAAAGAUAUAGCCAAGGAAUUAGUCGCUGGUGAUUAUGGUGAAAUAACGAAAUAUUAUCAAUCAGUCACUCAUUCAGCAGCUGUCAAACACGUGAAUGGCAUACUAACAUCAGCCGAAAGAAUGUCACAGGCUCACAUACAACAACCGAUUGAUACAGAAGAUUAUUUGAAUUAUGAUGCCUCAGAACCUCAUUACGAUUCGUCCAUUUCAGAAAAUGUCAAACAUCAGGUUGAAGAAGCGAUCAAGCGAUUAGUUGCACAAUAUCAACAGGAACAAUCAGCAAAGCAAGUUAAUUUGCAGAAGAGUUCGACAACAGUUAACAAUCCAAGCAUCUACUCCUAUCAACCAUCAUAG